CAACACAGAACACCGUUGACAAGUACAAAGUGUUGUUAGCAUCGAAAAUUCAAACGCCUGCCACGUCUUAUCAGCUAAGAGAAACAAGAACCCAGCCAGUGCAACCAGGGGAGGAAGUUUCCCAGAUCGUUCCUGGAGGUUUCCCAGGUUCCCUCCAUUCCUUUGCUUCCUCCGUAUUCGUCUCCUUCCGUUCUUCCUCUAUAUCACCCUCCCUGCCAAUGGACUUGUUCAUUCCUAUCUUCUCCCAAUGGCUUCUUCCAAGCGGCUCCUUCCUUGGUCCGGCGACGACGAAGCAACCGGCGAUGGCGGCGAGCUCUCCCGUCCUUCCAAGCGAUGGAGAUCACUUGUCAUGCAGGUGAGGGGGAGGACUGGAACCAUGGAGGGGGGAGUGUUUGGCUUCAGAGAGAUUGUUGGGGAGGAGUUCAUGACCAUGCUCCUACCAUUUUUUGGUCAUAUGGUUCAGAGAGUGGUUUCAGAGGAGGUAGAGAAAGCAAUGUUCAGACAUUUCCAUGCACAAGCAGCACCCCCAAGGCUACUAAUAGGCCGGAGCCAGCGUCCAACAUACCAGCUCAUGUUCCUGAAUGGCCUAAAACCUGUUUACACCAUGAUGAAGUUAGAAGCCAAGGAUGGAUCAGCUCUUAAGGUGGCCUUGGUCGAAAAACUUGAAAACGAUCAGACAAGAAUCGUCAGGUCUGGUCAUCUUUGUUCAGUUAGAGUUGAGGUUGUAGUCCUCCAUGGCAAUUUCAAUGCCAAGAAUGAGGAAUGCUGGACCCCUGAAGAAUUUAGUAAACAUAUAGUCUGGGGGCGAGAGAAAAGCCGGAAGCUCCUCACCGGUGAUCUGACGCUGAAGCUCAGCGAAGGGGUGGCUUCCCUUGAAAAUGCUAACUUCACUGAUAACUCCAGCUUCACCAGCACUAAGAAGUUCAGGUUGGGGCUGAGGCUUGUAAAUCCUUCCGGAGAGAGAGUUCUUGAAGGAAUCACUGAUCCUUUUCGAGUGAAGGAGCGCAGGGUUGAGGGUUUUGAAAAGCACUACCCGCCAUUGCUGCACGACGAAGUUUGGCGUUUGGAAAAGAUUGGCAGGAACGGGGCUUACCACCAAGCCUUGUCAAACAGUGGAAUUGACACUGUGCAGAAGUUCUUACAAUCUUAUGUGAAGAAUGAACAGAAGCUAUUGCAGACUUUCAGCAAGAUGUCCCAGGCAGCUUGGAAAAGAAUCAUAGGACAUGCCAUGACGUGCAAAGUCAGCAACAGACUCUGCUUGUAUGAAAUUAAGGAAAAGAACAUGGAACUUUUCUUUGAUGACAUAGUUCAGCUUGUUGGGGUGAAAUUUGGUGAUUGCUACAAGCCCUUAGAUCAGCUUCACCAAGCAGAGAAGAAUUUAGUUGAGACACUGAAGCAACUGGCCUAUCAGAAUAUGAAGGAUAUUCAGUAUGCUCAUAGGAUGAUCAACAAUUAUCCUGAACCACUUGAUAAUUAUCACACGAAGAGUGUUUCUGGGUUGAGUAAUGUUCUUUCAAACCAGAAGAUGCUGAAUUAUGGUAAAUACAGUUUGUCUCAAGGAGAUGUCCCAAAUAGUCAAGGUUUUGAACCAAUAGAGAGGUUCUGUUCUUUCCAACGAGGCACUGAUGCUUCAGAGGAUAUGUCAAGAUUUCUGCUGGGCCAGAGUUUGAAUGGUUUUAACCAUGAAUUAGUCGCAAACAACUUUAUUCCAUAUAGUUCAAGUCAAGGAAUUUCAUUACCUGGACCAAGAAUCACACAGUUGCGUAUACCAAACAACGGAAGAAGAGAUUUCGAUCCAGAUUCUACUCGUGCUGUUGUUCAUGGCAACAUUCAGGCAGAUCAGGUUGCUAUGCAAUCUGGCCAGUAUGGAUUUAAGCAGUCUCAUUUCACUGAAGAAUCAUAUAGUAGCCUCUCGGUCAGUAGUUUAUCGUCCAUGGAUACGUCCUUGCAGCCUCAUUUCCAGCUUACAAGCAUCAGAGAGAGUUUCAGCAACCAACCUGACCUACCGUGCAAUGGCCAAACAACAAUGCAGCCACAUCAAGUUGUCCCUUGCUUUCAGCCAUCAAGAACAAACAGCUUUGACUCAGCGGAAAAUGAUCAGCUCGUACAGAGCUUUAUUUCUCAGAUUUUUAGCAGCGAAGGAGCAUCAAUGCCUCUUUCGCCACGUAAGUGGGUCAAGAUCAAGGCAGCAUUGAAGCUAGCAUCUGUAGGGCGACUCUCUAGGGCCUCAAGAAGGGGUACACAUAGCCCCCCAGUAAGGCCAAGGUUUGUACCAACAGUAUGACCCUAGUGAACAGUAUGUAUAAGGGUAGUAACAGAAUCAAGUGUGGAUGAAAGAUCCACCUGGCUGUUGUAUUCCAUGACAUUGCUGAAGUAUAUACUCUUCAUGCAUCUGAUUAGUUGAAAAUAGCAGUCAUGUUGUCAAAUAGGCAUGUUUCUUCUGUACAUAAUGGAGCUUGUAGUGUAAUUUCUGAGAAACAAUUAUGUAAUUUUGUUAGCAAAGAAUCAUUUGUUAUUUAUGAGCACAGGAGUCAGGACAAUGUAAAAGGCUAUAAAUUGCCUGACUAA